UGUUCUGUGACACGGUGAUGUCGACGUUGGUUAAAAAAAAACGCUGAACCGAGCAGCAGCGUUUCAACAAUCGGCUUGAAGGCAGCGGUGUUCGCGUAAUCAAAAUCAUAUCCUUUUGUUAAUCCGAGGAGUGAACAACAAGAGGACAACAAUAAAAAGGAAUAGUAAUGAAUUUCGCUUCAAUAUAUUUUAAUAUCGCGACAACUGACUCGGAAAAACACUUUGCAUUACAUAUUUCAACGCUUACUUAAUCGGCGCGUUAAUGUCGUGAAUAGAAGCAUAAUUGAAACAAAUCAAAUAUUGAGGAAAUUUUUCGUGAACGUCAAUUUCGUUGUGUAGUUAAGGAAAAAAACAAUUGAAAUAAAAUAUUUGUGGAGGAACGUCGCUAGUAAUUGGUGCUCUAUAAAAAAUUUGGGACGCCGGCUGGUUAUCUUUAUAGUGCAAGAACUUCUUACUGUCAAGCAUUAAUUUUCUCAGCGCUGUCAUUAACAGAAAAUGGAUAUAUCGUCGUAUCAGCAUAUGAAUAUACGUAUGAGUACGCGAGGAAAACGCCCGCUGAGGAAUUUAACACCUGGUGAUAAAGUUCGCGCUAUACAACGCAUACACAAUGGUGAAACAAAGGCUUCGGUCUCCCGUGACAUAGGAGUACCGGAGUCAACACUGCGAGGUUGGUGUAAAAACGAGCAAAAGUUGCUUUUCAUGUGCCGCCAAUUAGGCGGUGCCGAUCAAAUGGGUCCCAUGUCUGGCAUGGAAACGCCUCCCGAAAAACGUCCACGUUUCGAAAAUCACAUCCAAACGCCAAAGUUUCCUAGUGCGCCUGGUUUUGAUGAGUUUGCCUACAGCCGCUUGCCGUUAAACGGACGCAAUUAUACGGCAAAUGGCAACAAUGCCAUCCUAGAGAAAAUAGCCUUCAACGAAAUUAUGAAAAAGCAUGUUUUACCUAAUGAUAAUGGCAGUCAAAAGAAAACCGCUGUUAUUGGUGCUCUACCUAAUCAGCUGUCAGCAGGCAUUUUGGGUUCUAUGCCGUUGGGCAGCGAUUAUGCUCAACUAUCUAUGAUACAGAAUUUGAAUUUGUUGUCUUUACUAAAUCCCGGCUUAUCCAACGCUAUGCCAAAUUUUGCUACAGGUAACGGUAUAAUUGAUGACCCAAAAGAUAAAACAGCAGCAUGCAGCUCGGUAAACACAAUAGCAAACGAUCUUGCAAAGGAUAACAUUAAAAAUAAUAAUAUAAGUAAUAGCAGCAAUGGCGGCAUCAGCAACAACAACAACAACAACAAUAUGGCUUCAUUAACUGUGAAAAAUUGGGCAAGAGAUCCUGCAGAUAAUAGCAGCAUUUCAUCAGUUGACGGCGGUGGUAGUGGUGUUGUCGAUAACGGUAAGCAGCGCACCUCUAACAAUGAUUCUAAUAAUAAUACAGUCAACGAGAAACAUGCGCCAUCAAAUAGCGUUGCGCUCGAGACAACAGAAUCAUUAGGUUUUCCGCCUCCGCCGUUACCUUUGGGUCUUCUACAAAUUCCAAAUAUUAUCAAUGCAAGCGAUCCGGAGAACACCAACUCUGCUUUAUUAGAUUGGUGUAAGAUUUUCAAUGCCAGCCUAAAUUUCCUGGCUUUAGCAGCUGCAGCCGCUGCCCUUCAACCUAAUGCCUCACUGAGUGUUGGUGGCGUUAGCAAAAAUGACUCGGAACGUCCCGAGGAUAAUAUACUGUACAAAGAGCUCACCAAGACUGCCCGUCAAUAUGAUUCGCCCACCAAUCAGGGAAAUGCAUUCAUGAAUAGCGACGUAUCGAGCGAUAGUUAUUUCGAUAGUGAACCGGAGGAUCUGUCGAUUCGUUUCGUGGCCACGUCGAAACUUUCGAGUCCGGCAAACAGCCGCUCUCAAAGCCCGAUCAAAAGUAAUGGCUCCUAUUCGCCGUUGCCUAGCGAUACUGACUAAAUCAAUUGCGAUUUUCAUUUCAGCCGAUAUUUCUCUAUUACGCUUGUGUAAAUUUUCUUUUGUAGACACUUUUUUUUUUUUAUCCAUUAUUUCUUUCUUCUCUUCUUCAUCUUCGUCAUCAUCUCUUCUCAUAAAAAGCAUAGAGAACUUGGUUUUCUUUCUCUUUAUUUUUCCCCUAUUAUUACAUAACUCAUAAUUAAUUUGUUUUUAUUGACUUCAUAUUAUAAUAUGUGACUCGAGUCAUAUGACGAUUAGUAUAAAUUUCUAUAUAAUUUUUAACUCUCUC